CAUUGGGUUUUUGCCUAUAUAAGCAUGCCCACCUCAAACCUCAAAAAUCACCGAACUUCUUCAUUUCUGUCUCUUCAUAAUCAUAACAGUCUCUCGAAACCCUUCCUUUCUCUCUCUAAACAAUCAUUUCCUCUCACUUCAUUUUGUGAACCCAAAUGGCUCCUAAUCUUGUUAAUGGUAUGUCCAAGGCUGCCAGCGUAUCGAGCCGAGCCUACGUCACAUUCUUGGCCGGUAACGGCGACUACGUGAAGGGAGUGGUUGGUCUGGCCAAGGGACUCAGGAAGGUCAAAACUGCCUACCCAUUAGUGGUGGCCGUUUUGCCUGAUGUCCCGGAGGAGCACCGCCGCAUACUGGUGUCUCAGGGCUGCAUCGUUCGGGAUAUUGAGCCGGUGUACCCGCCGGAGAAUAGCACCAAAUUCGCCAUGGCCUAUUAUGUCAUCAACUACUCCAAGCUUCGCAUUUGGGAGUUUGUGGAGUACAGUAGGAUGAUAUACUUGGACGGAGACAUACAAGUGUUUGAGAACAUUGACCACCUGUUUGACUUACCAAAUGACUAUUUCUAUGCUGUGAUGGACUGCUUCUGUGAGAAGACGUGGAGUCACACCACACAGUACAAGUUUAAGUACUGUCAACAGUGCCCUAACAAGGUCCAAUGGGCUUCAGAGUGGGGCCCAAAGCCUCCUCUCUACUUCAACGCUGGCUUUUUUGUGUAUGAGCCCAGCCUCUCCACUUCUGAUGACCUCUUGAACGCCCUCAAAGUUGCAGCUCCCACCUCUUUCGCUGAGCAGGACUUCUUGAACAUGUUCUUUAGGGAGAAAUAUAGACCCAUCUCUUCGGAGUACAACCUAGUUUUGGCUAUGCUGUGGCGUCACCCAGAGAACAUUGACCUCAACAAUGUGAAAGUUGUUCACUAUUGUGCUGCUGGUUCAAAGCCAUGGAGGUACACUGGGAAAGAAGAGAACAUGGAAAGGGAAGACAUUAAAAUGCUAGUGAAGAUGUGGGAGGAUAUAUAUGAUGAUAAGACUUUGGAUUACAAGCCUAAUCAAACUGAAGGUGCUGGUGCCGGUGCCGGUGCCGGUGAAUUGAUGGCAGCGCUGGCCAAAGCCGACGUUUUCCACCAUGUCACCGCCCCAUCUGCAGCCUAAUGGAACUGAAGCUGGUGGUGCUGUUAAAUUGAUGGCGGCGUUGUUCAAAGCCCGCGGUGGUUUGCACCACGUUACCGCCCCAUCUGCAGUCUAAUUUAUUUUUGGAAAAUACUUUAUUUUUGUGAUUCUUUUGAGUUUUACUUUUUAAGGUUUUGAAUUAAGGAAUGUGCAUUUUUUUGGGGUGCUUUGGUAGAGGUGUUUUGUUGGGUAUGUGAAAGUAUUUUGAGACAUGUAUAUGAUAUAUAUGUUAAAAAAUUAAUACAUUAGAAAUGCUAAAUCCAUUUCUUCUUUACUGUAACUCAU